UUGGAGUGUCAAUAUCAUUUUCCUUUUUAAAUAAGAGACAAGACAACAAUGACAAAGUGGGGCUAGUCAAACGGAGUAAGAAUCUUCAACACGAAAUCCAGGUUAUUUUUUUAGUCUUUGAAUUAAAUUCACUGAAAAUGAUGCCCCCUUCAAAUUCAUUUAUGUUUUCCAGAUGAAAUGUCUAGAAAUCCAGUGUUUGGGAAAAAUGGGAAUUAGACCCAGAAGUACCCAUAACAGUGUAUUUUUCUACUCUUUGAUUUCUGUUUUCUAUUAUUUUUCAUUGUUCUGUUAUGGGGCUAACAGUAUAACACAGGGCCAGAUUAUUAGAGAUGGUGAAACAAUUACCUCUCCAAGCCAAAAAUUUGUGCUUGGUUUCUUUAGUCCUGGGAAUUCGGUAUCCCGGUACGUUGGAAUUUGGUAUAAUGAAACUGAAAUUCAAUCAGUUGUUUGGGUGGCAAACAGAGAGAGUCCCAUUUCGAGCGAGUUUGGAAUUUUAACAGUUGGAAACGCCGGUAAUCUAAUGGUUCGAGAUGGAUAUGGGAAUCAAAUCUGGUCUACGAAAUUCCGGGCUGUACCAGGGAAUUCAACUUCCACCGCGAUUCUCAUGGACACUGGGAACCUAAUUCUCUCGGGCAGUGAAAUCAUCGGUGAUCAAGGAAAGGCCAUUUGGCAGAGUUUUGAUGAUCCAACAGAUACGUUUCUCCCUGAUAUGAAAGUCUACAUCGAUGUCCAAUUGGAUGAGGGUGUUUUCACUUCUUGGAAAAGUGAAGAUGAUCCUUCGAUUGGAAAAUACUCAAUGGGGAUCGAUCCACGUGGGUCGCCACAGAUAGUGAUAUGGGACGGUUUAAAUCGGCAUUGGAGAAGCGGCCACUGGAAUGGAAUAAUUUUCACUGGCGUUCCAACGAUGAGGACUCUCUAUUCAUACGGUUUUAAGCUUAUUAAGGAAAACAGCGGUACGUUCUAUUUCACAUACACAUUGCCGAACGCCUCUGAUCUAACGAGGUUUCGAAUACGUCCGGAUGGGAUUGAAGAGCAGUUGAGAUGGGAUGAAGGUACAAGCAAAUGGAGCACUGUGCAAUUGCAGCCGAGUAACGAUUGCGAAGUGUACAAUAGGUGUGGUGCAUAUGGGAUGUGUAAUGUGAUGGGAAAACCCAUAUGCAGCUGCCUAAAAGGGUUUGUACCUAAGUAUGAGAGUGAAUGGGAGGGAGAAAAUUGGUCAGGUGGGUGUGUUAGAAGGACGAACUUAGGGUGUGAAAAUAUUAGUAGUGAAAUUGGGGUGGCGGAGGGGGAACCGGUAGACGGGUUUUUGAAGAUCGAGGGGGCGAAGUUACCGGAUUUCGCGAGCUUGGUGAUGGUAGAGAAAAUCGAUGAAUGCAGACAGAAUUGUUUGAAGAAUUGUUCGUGUCACGCGUAUGCGUUUGUUAGCGGAAUCAAUUGCAUGGUGUGGAGCGGGGAUUUGGUCGACAUGCAGCGCUUUGUUGAUGGCGGAAACGAUCUAUACAUUCGCGUCGCUCAUUCCGAAUUAGGUAACAAAAGAAAGAUUUCCAAGCUGUUGAUAAUUUUACUCGCGGUGAUAGGAAUAUUCUUCAUUAGCGUAUCUAUUUGGAUACUUUGGAGGUUCAAAACAAACUCAAAACGUAGAAUUUCAAGCAAUCGGAUCCCAACAAUCGGCUCAAGAAGUAGAGAAUAUUCGACGGAUUUUUCAGGGUCGAACGAGCUUGGAAUUGGAGGGCAGCAAGGAAAUGGACAAGAGUUAUCGCUAUACAGCUUUAGUUAUGUAGCCGCUGCUACUAACAACUUUUCUGAUGAAAACAAGCUCGGACAAGGAGGAUUUGGCCCUGUCUACAAGGGAAAACUAUCAGGGAGAGAAGAAAUAGUUGCAGUGAAGAGGCUUUCAAGGAAGUCAGGACAAGGUUUGGAGGAGUUCAAAAAUGAGAUCAUUUUAAUUAAAAAACUGCAGCACAUAAAUCUAGUCAGGAUUGUAGGCUGCUGCAUAGAGGGUGAAGAAAGAAUGUUGCUCUAUGAAUACAUGCCUAACAAAAGCUUGGAUAAAUUCCUCUUUGAUCAGACUAGGCAAGCAGAAUUAGACUGGAGAAAGCGCUAUACAAUUAUUGAAGGGAUUGCACGUGGACUCCUUUAUCUUCACCGGGAUUCAAGACUUCGGAUAAUUCAUAGAGAUUUAAAAGCUAGUAAUAUUUUGCUGGAUGAAGAAAUGAAUCCAAAAAUCUCUGAUUUUGGUAUGGCCAAAAUGUUUGGGAGAAACGAAAAUGAAGCAAGUACAAGCCGAGUUGUUGGCACAUACGGUUAUAUGGCUCCUGAGUAUGCAAUGGAAGGCUUGUUUUCUAUCAAAUCCGAUGUCUAUAGUUUCGGGAUACUACUAUUAGAGAUUGUAUGCGGCCGGCGGAAUAGUAGCUUUCAUUCACCUGAAUACUCAAACAUCAUUGGAUACGCAUGGGAUCUAUGGGAUGGGGGAAGAGCAAUGGAGUUGAUUGAUCCUUCCAUCAAAAGCUCAUACUUCCAAAAUGAAGUGAUGAGAUGCAUACAUGUAGCCAUGUUAUGUGUGCAGGACUCGGCAACUCAGAGGCCAAAUAUGUCAUCUGUAGUUUUGAUGUUGGAGAGUGAAAAUGCCACAAUAUUGCCGAUGCCUAGGCAGCCCACAUUUACUUCAAUGAGGAGAUCUGGCGACCUAGAGGUGUUGAAGACAUGCAAUGAUAUUCCUUCCUCAAAUGAUUUGACAAUUAGUUCUAUUAUUGGUAGAUGAGUAUUUUUCGAUUGCGCUAGUUACACAUACUUGGCACAAGCACUCAUAUCAUUGAGGGCCUGUCAUAUACACUUGGCGCAGUGCGUGGUGGUUCUGCACCCGUGUAAUAUGUGUGCAGAACAAGUGUCAAUAGCUUUUUUACUACUUUCUCUUUCUCUCUCUUUUCCCGUCUUCCGUUGCUAGCAGCAACUCGGUGUUUUGGAAGGUUGCAGACUUGGCACAAGCACUCAUAACAAUAUAUAGGAGGUUUAUUGACGAACUUUUUUAAGAAUCUACUGGAAUGGUAUGUUGUUCUCCUCCUUCGUAGCGAAGGCGUGCACAACACUUGUAGGCAAGACUGAUUACU